AAUCUAGGGUCCUGGAAAUGUGUUCCUGGGAGGGACUGCGGUUCUCCGACUUGGUAGGUCGGAGAAAAAACUAGGGUCCUAGAAAUGCGGUCCUUCAAAUGCGCUCCUGAAAGUCCGGUAUUACAGGCAGAUGAUAUUGUUUUAACAUUGGAGUCUAUGGGAUUGACUCUUUUGCAGCAAGCCUCUAGCGGCCAGUCGAUGAAUUACAGUUGACGUUACUUCCUUGUUGGCAUCACAGGAGAGAAACGGUUCAGAGAAACGUACGUCACACUCACACACUGUCUGCUCUCCUCCAUUUUAUCUGUCUUUCUGGUUUCACCUCUCAUCUCUCAGUCUGUCUUCAUUGGUCUCUGUGAGUCCGUGUGUCCAGGACACGCAUCUAUCUGUGGGACACAGCUGGUGUCUGGAUCAUCUGAGCUGUGUCACUGUGAGCUGAGAGAGAGCUGACACGGAGAACUGCAUGACUGCAAGGUCUGAAAUCAGUCUCUAAGCAGUCCUUUAUAACUGAAAGUGGGAAUACACAGACUCUAAAAUGAGUUCUCCAUCUGCUGGAUCAAGCAGUGAUCAACCCAGGGGGAAUCCUUCCUCUACAUUCAGUGAUGCCACAGUGAUCUCUUACCCCAGAUCUCUACCAUCCUCUACAUCCCACUAUCAUGCUCACAUCAGGCAAGACAAACCUGAAACAUUACUGCAGACACACGUACUGGAGACUGGAGAACUGCACAGUAUCAAAGACCAGUACAAAACCAGCAUGAAGAAAAAGUACAAGAGAUUAUUUAGGGGAACUAGACUCCAAGAGAAUGAAACCUGGCUAAACAGCAUCUACACACAGCACUACGUCAUAGAGGGAGAGAGAGAAGGAGUGAAUAAAGAACAUGAGGUUCUACAGAUGGAGAAAACGGCCAGAACACAACACUCACAAGACACUGCAAUUGACUGCAAUGACAUAUUUAAAGCCUCAGCUGAAGCAUUAUGUGAAGAGAAAGACCAGAUCAAGACUGUUCUUACUAAAGGCAUCGCUGGAAUCGGCAAAACGGUGUCUGUGCAGAAGUUCAUUCUGGACUGGGCCGAGGGAAAAGCCAAUCAGGAUGUAGAUUUCAUGUUUGUGCUUCCAUUUCGAGAGCUGAACUUGAUUUCAGAUCAUCAGUACAGUCUUCACAGACUUCUGUUGGACUUUCAUCCUGAACUUCAAGAUCUGGACUCACAGAUUUAUGAGGAGUGUAAAGUUGUGUUCAUCUUUGAUGGUCUGGAUGAAAGCAGAAUCACACUGAUGUUUUCAGAUGCUCAGAAAAUUUGUGAUGUGACUGAGACUUCAUCAGUGGCUGUGUUGAUGUCAAGGCUCAUGAAAGGAGAGCUGCUUCCCUCUGCUCUCAUCUGGAUCACCUCCAGACCAGCAGCAGCCAAUCAGAUCCCCUCCAAAUACAUCCACCGUCUGACAGAAAUUCAGGGAUUCACUGAGCCUCAGAAGGAGGAAUAUUUCAGGAAGAGAAUCAGUGAUGAGCAUCAAGCCAGCAGAAUCAUCUCACACAUCAGAAGAGCAAGAAGCCUCCACAUCAUGUGCCACAUCCCCGUCUUCUGCUGGAUCUCAUCCACUGUGCUUCAGAAGCUACUGGAAGAAGAUCUGAGAGCAGAAAUCCCUCAAACUCUGACUGAAAUGUACAUCCACUUCCUUCUGAUUCAGAUAAACAUGAGGAACCAGAAGUAUGAAGAGAGCGAUAAAGAGAAACAACUGCAGUCCAACAGAGAAGUGAUUGUGAAACUUGCUGAAGUGGCUUUCAAACAGCUGAUGAAGGGCAAUGUGAUGUUCUGUGAGGAGGACCUGAUUGAGAGCGGCAUAGACAUCACUGAUGCCUCAGUGUAUUCUGGGAUUCACAUCUUUAAGGAGGAGUCUGUGAUUCAUCAGAAGAAAGUCUACAGCUUUAUUCAUCUGAGUGUUCAGGAGUUUCUUGCUGCUUUCUAUGUGUUUUACUACCAUGUAAAUGAAAUUGUGAAGGGACUGAAGAAUUUUGUUUCUGUAAGAAAUGUGCUUAAAAUAACAGUGGAUGAAGCCCUUGAGAGUGUGAAUGGACGUCUGGAUCUGUUUCUGCGGUUCCUGCUGGGCAUCUCACUGGAAUCCAAUCAGAGACUCCUACAGGAUUUACUGACACACACAGAGAACAGCUCAGAGAGCAUCAGGAGAACCACACAGUACAUUAAAGAGAAGAUCAAAUAUGGGCAUGAACUCUCCACUGAAAGAUCCAUCAGUCUGUUCCUCUGUCUGCUGGAAGUGAAAGAUCAGAGUCUGUUCAGAGAGAUUCAGGAGUUUGUGAAAUCAGACAAACACUCAGAAAAGAAACUAUCUCCUGCUCACUGUUCAACAAUCGCCUACAUGCUUCAGAUGUCAGAGGAGCCACUGGAUGAGCUCGACCUCAAGAAAUACAACACAUCAGAUGAGGGGAGAAGAAGACUCAUACCAGCUGUGAUCAACUGCAGAAAAGCCCUAUUUGCUGGUUGUAAUCUAACUGGUCAGUCCUGUGAAAUUGUGUCAUCAGUUCUCCAAUCUUCAAACUCUGUCCUGAGAGAACUGGAUCUAAGUAACAAUGACCUGCAGGAUUCAGGAGUGAAGCUGCUCUCCAAUGGACUGAAGAGACUAAACUGUCAGCUGGAGAUACUGAGGUUGUCUGGCUGUAUGGUGACAGAGGAAGGCUGUGGUUAUUUGUCUUCAGCUCUGAGUUCAAACCCCUCACAUCUGAGAGAGCUGGAUCUGAGCUACAAUCACCCAGGACCAUCAGGAGUCCAGCUGCUCAAACACAAACUGGAGAAUCCAAAUUAUAAGCUGGAGACACUCAAUGUGGAUCAUGCAGAAAAUUAUAGAAUCACACAAGGACUGAGAAAAUAUGCCUGUGAUCUCACACUGGAUCCAAACACAGCACACACUCAACUCAUCCUCUCUGAGGGAUACAGGAAGGUAACUUAUGUCAAAGAGAAUCAGCUGUAUCCUGAUCAUCCAGAGAGAUUUGAUCAUCAGGAGCAGGUUCUAUGUAAAGAACGUUUGACUGGACGCUGUUACUGGGAGGUUGAGUGGAGCGGCUGGGCCCAUGUAGCAGUGGCAUAUAAAAGGAUCAAAGAAAAAAGUGGAACUGACUUUUGGUUUGGAUUCAAUGAUAAAUCCUGGAGUCUGUACUGCACUGAAAAGAGAUACACUGCCUGGCAUGAGAAGAAGAAAACUGACAUACUGAGCUGUUCAUCCUCUAUUAGAGUAGGAGUGUAUGUGGAUGUGUCGGCUGGCACUCUGUCUUACUUCAGUGUCUCUGACACACAGACACUUACACACAUACACACAUUCAACACCACAUUCACUGAACCCCUAUAUGCUGGGUUCAGAGUUUAUGAGUCCUCACUGUCUUUGUGUCAGAAUAAAUGAUCUUGUGGUGAGAUCACACCCCUUUAUGGAUACAUUAGCAAUUGAAUUGCCAUCGGUUAAUAAUUGUUUUUAGCUUUCUUGUAAGGCUUAAAUACUAUCAUUUAUUUAUUUAUUUAUGCAGUGCCUUGUGAAAGUAUUCAUACGCCUUAAUUUUUUCACUUUUUUAUGUUGCUGCCAUAUGUUAAGCUGCUUUUAAUUACUUUUUCCCCACAUCAAUCUUCACUCCACACACCAUAAUGCUAAAGCUAAAAACAUUUUUUAACAUCUUUGCAUUCCAUUGCAUAAGUAUGCACACCCUUAUCUGGGACAGUUGAAAUUUAGCUCAGGAGCAUUCAUAUUGCUUAUAGACGUUACUACACUUCAGGUGAUGUUAACUUCAUAUUGCUUAUAGAUGUUACUACACUUCAAGUGAAGUUAACUUGUGGCAAAUACAAUUGAAUGGUUAUGAUUUGGAAAGACACACAUGCCUUAAUAAAAGGUCUAAUAGCUGAUAAUGCAUAUUAGAGCAAACAUCAAGCACUGAGGUCAAAAUGACUGCUUGUGGAGCUCAGAAACAGGUUUGUGUCAAGUCACACAUCGUAUAUAUACAAAUUGGAUAUCAUGAUUAUCUCACAAUUCUGAAGAAAAAAGAUUUGAAAACUAAACAAAAUAAUUUACUAGUUGUUUUGAAAAAUUUUCACUGCUUAAGUCUUUAAAAAAUAUAUUAAUUUGAACAAAAUUAAAAAAGGAAGAGUAUAAACGUGACAAUACAUACACGUGUUAAGAUACUUUCGUUUCGAAGGCUACUGUAGGGAAUAAGUGUUAAUACCCAUGCUAUGAACUUUUAUCCCAGUACUUAUGUUAAUUAAAUGUCUGUAACACAGAAAUUAUGUGUGGCUGAAAAUGCUUUUUGUGUUGCUCUUUCUGGAUCAGCUGCAGCAUUAAUGAUUAAUUAACAUGGCAGCUACAAAAAGCUCCACUAACACUUGCGAUGUGAAAUAGUCAUAAGACAUAGCUGAAUCAUUGUCUUUCAGGAAUAAGAUUGUUAUGUGUGAUUAAAAUGAGAUUGCGAUCUUUAAACAAUUAACUGUGCAACUCUAAUGUAAACUGCAAAAUGUUCUGGGAGGAUAUCAUGAGGUUCUCGCGACAAUCGCUGGAUCUCGCGGGACACCUCAGAUUUUGAGAUCUCGUACCAUGAGAUAUUGUCAAAUCCCUAAUAUAUACAUACAUAUACAUAUAAUGAAAAGAAAGUAAGAAGAUAGAAU